AUGAAGAAGAGAGUGUGUGUAUGUGGAGGUUGGCAAUUAACAUGCAUUCCAUCUGUAUAUGCCAUAUGUGUUAUAUCUUCUUUGAAUCUUGAUCCAAAGGAAUAUGUUGUACAGUGCUUUACUAAAGUUGCAUUUCUUGGGAGCUAUGAGUACAUCAUCCAUCCACUGAAUGAUAGUUCCUUGAGGCCCCACACAUCUAAUGUUCACCGGAUUCUACAUCCUAUUAGGAGAAGGGCAGGUGUUCAACACAAAUGUACCAUUUGCAAUGACAUUGGCCACAACACAGCUAGGUGUCCAAAGAGGGGUCCUUCAAAAGCAGGUUCAAGUAAACCAAGAAAGAAGAGUAAUGCAAAGAACUGUCCUUCACAAGCAGGUCAAAACACUCCAGCUCUAAGUACUUCAAUAUAUAUGCAUCAAGAGCCUGUGACUCAAGAGCAUGUCAAUCAAGAGCCUGUGAACCGUGUCCCUGUGAACCAUGUGCCUUUGGAUUAA